UCUCAGGACACACCUGAGAGGGAACGGUCGUAUUUGAACCCUUUCGCCGAAUUAACCGCCAGAAGCAAACAGAAAGCAAACUGCUUGAAUAAUGUUUGUUACACCGAAGAUGUUAUUCUCUCUACUUCUGAAACUCCAAAUGAUCAUGGGCUUCCUUGGAGUUAUCCAGGCCAACGUUAUCACCGAAUGCAGAAAUCACAACAACUGUAUUAAAAACUACAGCGAUGUUUACAACUCCCUAGGGUCAGAGGGAAAUUAUUAUAACAUCGCACUUGCCCUCUACCCUUCAAGAGAGCCCUCAUCUGUUGUUGUUCAUGUCAACUUGUACUCAACGAACCAGUCUGACCACCAAACAGGAAGAGUUUCACCCGUGCACUAUACAUGGAGUAUGUCAUGUCUGUACGCUGCUAUCCCUGCUCAGGUUCUCGAAAUCCUAUCACUUGGUGCCAUUCUUAUCACGCCGCGUACACAGGACCUGGACAUCACAAUUCCACCGUUCUGUUGUAAUGUGUUGGAGGAUGAGCGAAUUGCGAUUAUCGACAGAGGUUUGUCUGAGCUUCAAGACCUGGCUGAAAGUCCAAAAAGCCAAAAUCCGAAACUAAACACAGCUGAGUGUAUUACUAGAGGACAUACUCCAGAUAUAUCUAGCGUCACGGCAAAACGUAAAACGUACAUCAGAGCGAUGCUGUGGAGCUCCUUUAGUUUUGCCUUUUUCUUUGGGCCAUUAUUAGCUCUCAGUAGUUAUAUAUUUAGUUUCAUGGCAGAAAACGAUAAAACACCGGGUAAGGGGAAUAGAGUAGAGCUAGCACAGGCCGUUAGAAUUAUAAUCGUUUUACUAGCACUCGUAGAGUUGGUACUUUUCGUAGCGGUCGGGGUGAUUGCGGUACGUUCAGCAACUCCUUGGGAGAUAUACUUCAUCCUUGUGGUGAUUUUAGCUGAAGCAUUCAUAGUGCCUUGCGUAGCGA